UAGCAGUGUUUUGUUUAUUUUUCCGUACAAGAAUAUAAGAAAUAAAAAUAAUUUGGAAUAAUUUUAAUUAAAAAUGGAUAAAAUUAAAUUUAAAAAUAAUGCCGAAGAAUAUGAACCCACAGAUUCCGAAGAUGAGUAUAGUGAAGAAGAAAAAGAAUUAUUAAAAGAAGUGCGAAAGGGCAGACAACGAAAUCUGCCUAAGGAAAGAGAAGUUUUAGCUUUUACCGAAUCGGAAGAAGAGGACGAAGAUGAAGACAAUAAUGAACAAGCUGAAGAGGACGAUGAUGAAGACGACGAUGAAAUGGGUUUGGCUGAUAGUGAUAUAGAAGGAGCUGAAGUAAAUGAUGAUUUACCGGAUACCAAAUACUGGGGCAAGAAAACCAGUGCUUACUAUAACACAGACUUUGUAGAUCAAGAUUAUAGCACCUACAAUGAAAAAGAAGAGGAGUUGGCUAAACUGGAAGAAGAAGAAGCCAAGUCCAUUCAAUUGAGAUUGGCCAAACAAUUGAAGGAAGAAGAUUUCGCCUUGGAUUCAGCCUUUAGCAAGUUGAAGAAAUCAAAGAAAGAUGGCACAGACGAAGAGGAUAAAUCAUUAAAGGGUACUCUACUAAAAGCUGAUUUUUCCGGCCUUAGCAAAAGAGAACGUUUGGAAUUAUUCGAAAAAGAUUCGCCUGAGUUUGCGGGACUUGUGGGAGAUUUUGAGGGCUACUUGGAAGAAAUCCAGCAAUUACACGCUCCCGUUCUACGUCAUGUGCAUGAAAAGAAUUUGAACAUGAUACCAGCUUUACAGUUUGCUCAACACUAUCAAAAUAUUGCUUUGACUUACUGUUCCAAUUUGGCUUUUUAUUUAUUGCUUAAAGCUAAAAGAACUUCCAUAGAGAAUCAUCCCAUUAUACAAAGACUGACACAACUGAAGAAAUUGUUAAGUCAAUUGGAAGACAAACAUGAAAAUAUUAUUAAACCACAAUUGGAGGCUCUACUCGAACGUAUACAGGAUGGUGAUGAAUUCGAAAUAUUAGAUUUGAAAAACUUCCCACCACUACCAGAGGAUGAACAACCCAAGAAACGUAGUGCUAAACAAUCGAAGUUGGGUAUAUUAUCAGCCUAUGACGAAGCGAAAGCAACUAAAGAAGGUCCCGCCAAAAAGAAAACCAAAACAGAGGCAGGUGUUGAUCAAGAUUUGGCCACUUUGGCUGAAAUGUCUUCAGAUGAUGGUGAGGAUGAUGAUGACGGCGAUGAGAAUGAUAUGGAAGAGGAGGAAGAUGAUGCCGAGGCCCGUCGUGGUAUUACCUAUCAAAUUGCCAAGAACAAAGGUCUUAUGCCUCACCGCAAGAAGGAGCAACGUAAUCCUCGCGUUAAACAUCGUGGUAAAUAUCGUAAGGCUUUGAUCAGACGCAAGGGUGCGGUACGCACUGUGCGCACAGAAACUUCAAGAUAUGGCGGUGAAAUUUCGGGUAUUAAGGCUACUGUUAGUAAGAGUGUUAAGUUUAGGACUUAAUGUAAUGAAAUGUGUAAAUAAUUAUGGAAUAUUUUAUUUGAAAAUAAAGUUUAUUAGAUAAAUAAAAA